AUUUUCACAGUGUUAAUGGGAAAUAGCACAUGGGUGACAGAAUUCAUACUCACUGGGUUGACAGAGGAUCCACACUUGCAGCUGAUCCUUUUUGUGAUAUUUUUUACUGUUUAUACCAUCACCUUGAUGGGAAACGUGGGCAUGAUUGUCUUAAUCAGAACCAGUCGUCAACUCCACACACCAAUGUACUUUUUCCUUACCAGCUUAUCUUUCCUGGAUACCUGUUAUUCAACAACAGUGACCCCAAACUUUCUAUCCAAUCUUUUGAAACAGAAGAAGUCCAUUUCCUUUGCAAGUUGCUUUACACAGCUUUACUUUUAUGCCCUUUUUGCCACUACAGAAAGCUACCUCCUAGCUGUGAUGGCCUAUGAUCGCUAUGUGGCAAUCUGCAAUCCACUACUCUAUUUGAUCACAAUGUCCCAAAGGAAGUGUGCUCAACUGAUAUCAGUUGCCUACAUUGCUGGGAUCAUUAAUGCUUCUAUUCACACAAUGGCUGCAACUAGACUGUCUUUCUGUGGCCCAAACAUCAUUAAGAGUUUUUAUUGUGAGGGCCCUCCCCUUUUUGCUCUUUCCUGCUCAGAUAUCAGUCUCAAUUAUCUGUUGGUUUUUGUACUUGUUGGCUUCAAUUUAAUAACAACCAGCCUGACUGUUCUCACUUCCUACACGUAUAUCCUGGUUACCAUUUUAAAGAUCCAUUCUGCUGCAAGCCGUAAGAAAGCUUUCUCCACUUGUACAUCUCACCUCAUGGUCAUCACCAUUUUCUAUGGAUGUCUCAGCUUUAUGUAUGCACGACCAAGCUCUAGGUCAAAUUAUAACCUAGACCAAAUGGCCUCUGUGUUUUAUGUAGUGGUGACCCCCAUGCUCAACCCAUUAAUCUACAGCAUGAGGAACCAGGAGGUAAGAGGUGCCUUCAGAAGUAUACUAGGAAGAAAGUUUCAUCUUCAACAGAUAUGA